AUGUUCCUUCCAAGCGUCCACGCCGAAACUGACCGCGAUGUCCUCCUCCAGUUCAUCCGCGAAAACCCACUGGGAAUGCUAAUCACGGGCAUCAACUCUUCCCAACAUUCCUACCUGCAAUGCACCCACGUCCCAUUCGUUCUCGACGCCCAUGACGACUCCAACGCAUCGGAACCCCGGCUCCGCGCCCACAUCGCAAAGAAGAACCCUCAGGCCCAGGCCCUGAUCGAAGGAGUCGACAACAAACCCCCAAGCAUCCUGGACCUGGACGACGAGGUUUUGGUCGUCUUCAACGGCAAACACGACCACUACGUUACGCCCAAGUUCUACACCGAAACCAAACCGGCCACGGGCAAGGUCGUACCCACGUGGAAUUACACGGCUGUUCAGGUCUACGGCAAACUUUCGCUCUACUAUGACUCGAAGUCCCCGGACGCUGGCGCAUUUCUAGCGAAGCAGAUCCAUGAUCUGUCUGAGCAUGCUGAGAGGUCGAUUGUGGGGCAUACUGGGGACGGCAACGGGGCACGGCUGAAGCCAUGGAAAGUGUCAGAUGCACCUGGACCGUAUCUCGCGUUGAUGAAACGGAAUAUUGUGGGAAUUGAGAUCAAGGUUACUAAGAUCGAGGGGAAGUUUAAAAUGAGUCAGGAGAUGAGGCCCGGGGAUCGACAGGGGGUAGUGGACGGUUUUGGGAAGAUAGGGGGAGAUACUGGGGAUUUUAUCUCGGAUUUGGUGAAAGAGAGAGGCGAAAUCCACGAUCAAAAGAAGGGAGAAAGGAAGAAGUAG